CCCUCAAUGGCUACACCAACUGCAACGCAUUUAGGAAUUGCCAGGAUGGGUCAGACGAACCAGCAACUUGCUUUAAAACCGGCAAAGCACUAUUAUUUAUUUAGUGUUGAUCCAUCCGAUUUCCAUUUUUUUUGUCAGUGGAUCCUGGUAAUACUUGUCCCGCCGAGCACUUCAAGUGCUUGAACGGUCGUCACUGCAUUCCCAAUGUGUGGAUUUGUGACAUGGAUGACGACUGUGGCGAUAACUCAGAUGAGAGUGAGGACCUACACUCUUGCAUGGAUCCUGGUAAUACUUGUCCCGCCGAGUACUUCAAGUGCUUGAACGGUCGUCACUGCAUUCCCAAUGUGUGGAUUUGUGACAUGGAUGACGACUGUGGCGAUAACUCAGAUGAGAGUGAGGACCUACACUCUUGCAUGGAUCCUGGUAAUACUUGUCCCGCCGAGUACUUCAAGUGCUUGAACAGUCGUCACUGCAUUCCCAAUGUGUGGAUUUGUGACAUGGAUGACGACUGUGGCGAUAACUCAGAUGAGAGUGAGGACCUACACUCUUGCAUGGAUCCUGGUAAUACUUGUCCCGCCGAGCACUUCAAGUGCUUGAACGGUCGUCACUGCAUUCCCAAUGUGUGGAUUUGUGACAUGGAUGACGACUGCGGCGAUAACUCAGAUGAGAGUGAGGACCUACACUCUUGCAUGGAUCCUGGUAAUACUUGUCCCGCCGAGCACUUCAAGUGCUUGAACGGUCGUGUCUGCAUUCCCAAUGUGUGGAUUUGUGACAUGGAAGACGACUGUGGCGAUAACUCAGAUGAGAGUGAGGACCUACACUCUUGCAGCACCAGUGCCUGCGACAGUACUCGCUACUUCACCUGCCAACGCAACCGCCCAGGCUACAGCCGCUGCAUCCCGCUGGAACUGUUGUGUGACGGGACCAGUCACUGCGGGUAUGCUGAGGACGAGAACACAACCAUGUGUGGCACAUCGCAGUCCUGUCUAGGUUACGAGUUCACAUGCGACAACCAUCUGUGUAUUCCUAUAUGGUACCAAUGUGACCAUGACAACGACUGCGGCGACGGUAGUGACGAAGGAGCUACGUGUGUAUACCCUACCUGCAAUUCUAAUCAGUUCACGUGCCACACCGGAUGUUGUAUACCACUAUCAAAUCGGUGUGACGGCUUUGACCAUUGCCGGGAUAAUUCUGACGAAGAAAAUUGCCCGUGUCCCGACGAUCCUACCGGGAUGACCGAAUACUUCCAGUGUCUCAACAAGCAGUGCAUUGUGUCAACCCUUGUGUGUAAUGGUGUCCCCAACUGCAUGGACAGCUCCGAUGAGGGCAGUACUUGCGGCAUUAAUGAGUGUACCACUAACCCGUGCCAGCACAGCUGCGUAGACACGCCGUCGUCCUACAUGUGCUUGUGCCCAGAUGGUUACGUCUUAGCGGAUGACCAACGUAACUGUGUCGACCUAAACGAGUGCGUAGAGACGCCUUGGCUGUGUGACCAGGUCUGUAUGAAUAGUGAGGGAAGCUACGCGUGCUCUUGUGCACAGGGCUACACCCUGUCUAGUGACGGCUACAACUGUACUGUCAACCAGGGGGGCGAGCCUCACCUCCUCUUCGCCAACCGCUACUACAUCCGUUGGAUGGACGUUGGGGUGGGCUCUCAGGAUAGGCGCAUCGCGCAGGACUUCGAUUUGGUUAUGGCUAUUGACUAUGACUACACGGGCAGCAAGGUAUACUUCUCCGACGUCGAAGCCCGGGCCAUCAUGCGGAUGGACGUGGACUUGGUGAGCGGGAUCGUACUAGGCAACUUGGAGACCAUCCACAACCAUUCCAUCUUCAACGUCGAGGGACUCGCAGUUGAUUGGGUCACCAAAAAGCUGUAUUGGACGGACAAGGUCACUGAUUUGCUGGAGGUAUCAGAGCUGGAUGGUAGCAAUCGUCUGUCUCUUCUCAGCUCCGGUCUGUUUGAGCCCCGUGGUUUGGCCUUGGAUCCCCAAAAUGGGUAUGUCUACUGGUGCGAUGGGGGGCUGAGGCCAUACAUCGGCCGACUUGGAAUGGACGGAGCCAACAAAAUGGAACUCCACGAUGACAGAGUUACCUGGCCCAACGGCCUGACCAUAGACUACACGUCGGGGAUAGUUUACUGGGUUGAUGCCCAUUUGGACUACGUGGCCUACUCGGAUCUGAACUUCCAGACAAUCCACCAACUUCUCCACGACGACGAUCGACACACCGUGGCCCACCCCUUCGCCAUCACCGUGUUCGACAAAACAAUCUACUACACCGACUGGAACCUAAAGAAGAUCUUCAAGGCGAAUAAGUACAGCGGGGCGGAGGUUGAGCUCACUAGCACCAUUCAUCGGCCGUUUGACAUCAAGGUGGUCCAUCCACUGCGACAACCCCAUAUGACCAAUAUCUGCAAGCCAAACACCUGCCCUGGACUGUGCCUGAUUGCCCCUGGAGGUAAUGCCUACACCUGUGCCUGCGCAGAGAACUACGUCCAAUCUGGAAGCUAUUGCAUACCGCGAUGCCCGGCAGGACAGAAUCCCUGUACUGGAGAAGACAAGUGCAUACCAUGGUACAUGCAGUGCAAUGGAGUUGAGGACUGUAGAAGUGGCAAUGACGAAAUAGGCUGUCCUCCGCGAUCCUGCCAGCCAGGCGAGUAUCAAUGCAACGAUGGUUCCUGUUUGACAUCCAUCCUGUGGCUGUGUGAUGGCGACAGAGACUGCCCAGAUAACAGCGAUGAAGGCACACAGGCCCAAUGCAGUACGACGGAAUGCGCAGCCUGGCAAUUCAAAUGCGUGGAUUCGGGACAGUGCAUCAGUCGACGAUACGUUUGUACCAAACUUGAUUAUUGUGAUGAUGGCUCAGACGAAGCGUACCCGUUGUGCUUGACUCAUGAUUGCGUAGAGGGGUUUUUCACCUGUGACAAUGGAUACUGCAUUCCUGAGGAUUGGAAAUGUGAUCUGGUCAACGAUUGUGGUGACGGAUCUGAUGAGCCUUACCAGGAAUGCCAGAAUACCCCCUGCCCACAUGGUUGGAUCCGGUGCCAGACCAACUACAGGUGUAUUCCAGAAUAUGCUCGCUGUGACACAUACGAUAAUUGCCACGAUAACUCCGACGAAGUUGGUUGUGAGGAAGUAACCUGUGACCCCCUGGGCGAGUUUCGCUGCACCAAUCACCGUUGUAUCCCCCAGCCAUGGUACUGCGAUUUUCAAGAAGACUGCGGGGACUUUUCCGAUGAGCCGCGAGGCUGUGAGCCUCGUGCCUGCAGCGAGAGCGAGUUCCGAUGUGUCUCUAGAGGUCUGUGCAUCAAGGGUCGAUGGCGCUGCGACGGCAACCCAGACUGCAGUGACGGCUCCGACGAACAGGGAUGCGAUCCACUGGUAUGCGGGCCCGAUCAAUUCGAGUGCACCAUCGGAGGCUGUAUCGCUCGCAAUCUAACCUGUAAUGGCUACCUUGACUGCGGAGAUCGCUCAGACGAAAUCAACUGCGUUUGCUCUGCGGACCAGUUCCGAUGCGGCAACACAUUUUGUGUGCCUCUCAGUCAUGUAUGCGACACGUAUGACGACUGUGGCGAUAACAGCGAUGAAUCGGUCGACGCCUGUCGCACUGUCGUGUGUGAACCCAACGCCACCAUGUGUAUCGUUGAUAACCUUCUCAAGUGUUUGCCUGAACACAAACGAUGUGAUGGCAUUCAAGAGUGCUUUGACAAUGAGGAUGAGCGAGAUUGUGCGAGGGUCUGCACGGCAAAUACCUUCAAGUGUCAGAACGGCGAGUGCAUCAUGUGGGACGGAGUGUGCAACAUGCAGCAGGACUGCAGCGACAACUCAGACGAGACAGCAUGCUACAAAGACCCGGUGCAAUGUCAGACGAGCACGUGUCAGAAGGAGUGUGUCACCCUGUCUAAUACUGCUAUCGUCUGCAGCUGUGGCCCAGGCUUUGUGGAAACGGCCAAUGGUUGCGAAGAUAUCAACGAGUGCUACCUCCACAAUCCCUGUGACCAAGUCUGCCACAACACCAAGGGGGGUUACGAGUGUUCCUGCGCUGUUGGUUUCACAGACAGAGGUGUCCAUGGCAACGACUGCAAAGCCAAUGGCGAUGUUGAGGUGAUUCUGUUUGGAGACGGUUCAGAGUUACGCAAGUAUGUCUUGGAGUAUAACAGGUAUCAGGACAUCGUAGUGAACGAAUCUCGUAUCGACUCUGUGGACUUUGACUUCAGCUCAGGCUCUGUGUACUUCACAGACUCACAACUGCGUGCUGUCAAGAAAGUCACAGUCGGCAACGAUAACGCCACGGAAGCGCCGGAUAACCUGGGUCUUGACAAUGUGUACGCUCCCGUGGGCAUCGCUGUGGACUGGCUGGGAAAUAAUACGUACUUCACGGAUCAAGGCCUACCCCCUGAUGCUCAUGGGAGACGUGCAGCAGCAGACAGAGGUCCUAAGGUGGUGGUAGCAGCCCUCCGAUCCCACCCAUAUCAUGAGAAGACGCUUCACACUGCUACCAAGCCAUCGGCCAUCGCUGUCAACCCACGCAGAGGCUUGAUGUAUUGGACAGAUCUGGGCGUACCAGAGAGAGGCACCCGUCUAUUCAUGUCCUGGAUGAAUGGCGAGAACUUUAGCCCAGUCCAUGAAGCAGCUGGGAAACUAGACCAACCCACUGGGCUUUCCGUGGAUUACGGCGGCAAUGAUACCGUCUACUGGUGCGAUGCCCGCUCAGAUAAAAUAGGCUACAUCACGUAUGAUGGGUCAUACUUUGCCAUUCUUCAGACCAGUGGUGGUCUCAGUAACCCUUUCCAGCUAGACGUCUUUGGUAACCUCAUCUACUGGACUACUAGCAGCACCAGCGAACUGGGCAUGAUCAAGACCAUGAACAAGACCGGCGGGGACAUAACCGACUUUCUGUCUGGGAUCCAACGACCCACGGCCAUUAGGGUCUACCAAGAGCAACGCUACCCCCUGGAUGUGCCCAACCCGUGUGCGAGGAACCCAUGCCGGUAUCUGUGUCUGAUAGUGCCCCAGCUGAAAGGCAACGCUACCACUAAAGGCUUUGAGUGCGCCUGCCCAUCCGGUGUGCCUGUGGAUCACUGCAAUGGAACUCUGAAUAGCACUGAAUGGCCUACAACUGGCAUGUCUACAAGACAAACUACUACCAUGUCUUUAACGAGACAAACUUCCGGUAAGUACAUCUACAGACGUAUUCACUUCAACAGAAUGGAAUCGCGUACCACGCUAAGCUUGUCGUCAUAGCUGCAACAAUUCUUCCAAAUCAUCUCAUUUUGCUCUCGCUUGUUUUGCCUUAUAAUCAUAUUUGUGGCAUGUAUCGUUGGCAAGUUUGCACAUUAUUAUAGCAAUUUCCGUCACAACUCGAUGUCCUAUCAUACAAGUUGGCAUUUCCUUCUAUUUUUAUUCUACUUUGUUCUUUUUUCACACAAUGUCUGUGAUGAUCAACAUAGCUGAAAUACUAGUCAUUUGAUUUUUUAAUCAAAGCCCAGUCCGCCCCGCUCACAAGUACCCCUUCACCAGCAAAGAAAG